AUGGGCCAGGUCUGGGAAGAAGAGCAAGGACAGGGCUCAGGGACACAGAUGGAGGAGGACUAUCCAGGGUCCUUCCAGAUGGUCUCUCGAUCAGAAUGGGGAAAAGGGCCUUCUGGCUGCAACAUCCAGCUGAGGACUCCAGUCCCAUACCUCAUCAUCCACCACGUCCUCGGGCAGGAGUGUCAUGAGAAGGCUACCUGCCGGCAGAAGGUGAAGGGCCUGCAGGAGCUUCACAUCAAAACGAACGGAUGGUGUGAUGUGGCUUACAAUUUCCUGAUUGGUGAGGAUGGCAUUGUGUAUGAAGGCGUGGGCUGGACUAUCGAAGGCACUCACACUGUGGGCUACAACAAGAAGGCACUGGGGUUUGCUUUUGUGGGGAGUGUUGCAGUACAUAUCGUUGUGAUGGGCACUGGAAGAGAUACAAAGUUUAGUUUCCUGGUAGGUGAGGACGGUAAAGCGUAUGAAGGAGUGGGCUGGGACACAGAGGGUGCUCACACCUAUGGCUACAACGACAUUGGUCUGGGAAUCGCUUUCAUGGGCUUCUUCACAGACAUUCCUCCCAAUGCUGCAGCCCUGAAGGCGGCCCAGGACUUGAUCCAGUGUUCAGUGGACAAGGGCUACUUGGAUCCUGACUACCUUCUGGUGGGACACAGUGAUGUUGUCAACACACUCUCUCCAGGCCAUGCUUUGUAUGAUCAAAUUAAGACAUGGCCUCACUUCAAACACUGA